AUGGGUAAGAAAGGAGGAAAGAAGAACAAGAAGGGCAGCAAGCCCGUCGCCGCUGCGGUAGAGACUGUCAAGGACGUGGUUGAACCCGAUCAAACCGAAGGUCAGACUGAAACCGCCGAGCAGACUGUCACGCCCGAGACUGCGACACAGCCUACUGAGACCGUCGCCGAGCCCAUCACCGAGCCCGUCAAGGCGCCCGAGGCCACCCCCGCGACCGAAGCCCCCGCAACUGAGAUCCCAGCUGUGGCGGAGACCAAGGAUGUGGAGACCAAAGAGGCUGUGAAGGCCGAGAAGGCUCUUGCGACAGAGGCUAUCCUCCCGGAGUCGACCCCGAAGGAGCCCGCUUCCUUGGCCGCCACGGCCGGCGUUCCUGCGACACUGGCCGAGCGCCCCAAGACCUCGGAAUCAACUGCCCCGGCUGUCGAUGCGCCCGCGCCUAUUGCCGCCCCCGUCGAGAGUGAUGCUGCCCACCCCAAGCGCCCGUAUGAGAAGCCCAUCUUCAACACCGAGGAGAACUUGAAGCCCCACAAGAUGCCCAAGACGGACGAGGAGGCGCUCCCGGCUAGCGUGCCGGAGGAGAAGAAGAAGAUCGUCGAUACCUUGGCCGGUGCUGGACCCGCUUCCACUGCUGCGCUCACGACCCCUGAGCCUGUUCCUGUCCAGGAUGAGGCAUCCAAGGUUGCCGAGACACCUAAGGUCGAGGAGAGGGUCGCUGAGGCUCCCAAGAUCGCCGAGGAGAAGGUCGAGGCACCUAAGGAGGUUGCUGAGACACCCAAGGUUGCUGAAGAGAAGGUCGCCGAGGAGAAGGUCGAGGCACCCAAGGAGGUUGCUGAGGCACCCAAGGUUGCCGAGGAGAAGAAGGUCACCGAGGCACCUAAGGUCGCUGAGGAGAAAAUCCCCGCCGAGUCUGCCCCCAAGACUACCGCUGCUCAGUCCAGCGCCGGCAAGCCUACCUCCUCUCCUGAAGCGGUCGCCGCCGCAAACGCUGCCAUCCUCUCUUCCAAGGGCGAUAAGGCUGCUGCCCCAGCUGCUGCUCCGGCUGCCGCGCCGGUUGUUGCCAAGGAGGCUGAGCCCAAGAAGCCCGAAGCUGCCCUGAAGCGUGGCGAGGAGCCGCUGCCUAAGGCUGAGGCACCCAAGCCUGAGACCAAGGCUGAGCCUGUCAAGGAGGAGGCCGGUAAGGCCCAGCAAGAGACUCAGAAGACAUCUGAGGUAGCCGAGCAGGUCGAGAAGAAGAAGGGCGGGUUCUUGUCCUGGUUGAAGCGCAAGUUCAAAUAA